CUCUGGCCUUGUCUUUAAUCUGCUUUGUGUGCAGCAAUCAUGAAGAUCUCCUGCUUUCUGCUACUGAUCCUCUCUCUAUAUUUCUUCCAGAUCAACCAAGCUAUUGGCCCUGACACAAAAAAAUGUGUCCAAAGGAAAAAUGCCUGUCACUACUUUGAAUGCCCAUGGUUGUAUUAUUCUGUUGGCACCUGUUAUAAAGGAAAAGGCAAGUGUUGCCAAAAACGCUAUUAGUAUACCAGAAGUCACAUGAACAAUGUGUAAUCAUUGCUUUAAUAAAAGAAAACACGCUAA